GCCGGAGUGCGGAGACCCAAAGUCCGUUUCUAUCGUAAGGGAAGGACGUGCUGGUCUUACCAGCGUCUUUGAGUUAUACGUAAUUUUUCGCCCUUUCUUUUUAUAGGCCGGUCUUUCUCGUGAGUUCUCGUUCCAAUUUUUCACUUUUUGUUUUCUUUUCGUCACAGUUUGAUCGCGAGUGAAACGUGUGGAAAUUUUGAAAUUUCGACAAACGCAUAAAUUACCAGUGACGAGAGAGAUUACUCGUAUUUACCGGUAUAUACUGUGCCAUGGGGAUUUAGGAGCGGUCAGGAAACGAGACGCAUGACAGACGAUAUCAGGUGAACGUUAUUAGGUGAGAGUUCAGUAGCUUUUGGCGACACGAUCGAGAGAUGUCGGAUGCCGCUGGCACGGACAAUCCGGCGUUCGCCAGCGAGGACGAAUGCGGUUCCAAGGCGGAGAACGGCGGUCAACAGCGAGAAGUGACCUUGGAUCAGGAUCGCAAGUCCUCCCCGGCGGAUUGCGCGCCGCUAGAAAAUGGCCAGCGAUCCUUCAUCUCUCAGCAUUACGUUGAGCCUAUCAAAGCGAACUCGGAGCCCUGUUUUAAAACGGAAACGAGGAUCGAGUUGCCGGCCGAGAAUACGGACAAGAACGUGUCGGAGCCCAAGCUCAAUGGCGUCCACGGAAACGGAAAUAACAACGACGCCAGUUUCCUCAACAAUAGCACUACGAGCGUGCAAGUCAACGAAUCUGGAAAGAAGGAACAGAUCGAAGCCGUAAACCUGGAACUGGUCUCGAUGAGGCCAUACACGGGUAACAAUAUUCAAACGAAAGGUCAGGAAGCUUGCGAGGUGCCAGCUGAUCCUUAUGAGGAAUACUUCGUGCCGGUUAACGAGCAUCGAAAGUACAUAAGCAGGGGUCCCGAGGCCGAGGUUGAAACGACCGUGGCUGGAGUGCGUUUUGAUUUGGGCCCGGGUGUCGGCCGCGAGGGACUCAGCCUGAGAGACCCUGCCGCCGGACUGGUCGACUAUUCCCACUGGCUGACAGCCCUCAGAGGUGAAAAGCUUUACGUCACGAAAGACAAAAGGUCCAAAAAUUCGUACUGGAAACAAUUACUCUGCGGAUUCACAAUAUUGGGAGUGGUGAUCGCCAUGAUUAUCAUUGUUUUGGCUGCAACUGGUGUAAUCUUUACACAAGAUCCUACGGAAAAUGUAGAAGAAAGCACUCGUCAAUUUGACAUAAAUAUAGCUGAAAAUAAAGAAUAUGUAAAAGAUCCGCCAUUAAGUCCACCACCUUUAACCUCGACUUUUCCACCAUGGCCUACGACUGACGAAACGCUGUAUCAAAUUAUACCGGAUGCUUUAAAUGGAAUCCUGCGAUUGGACGAUUUCAAUUGGAGUGAUGAUUUGAGCGAUCCCAAAUCACGAGUGUAUCGUGAAACAACUGCUGAGAUAGAAGAGCAUCUAGGAAACAUUCUUCACCGGGAGAACAGCAAGUCCAUAAUCAAAGUGUAUAAUAUCAGUAAUGAAGGUGAAAUAAAAUUCAGAAUAAGUCAUCCACCUAUGGAUACUCCUGCGGAGAAUCAAGAAUAUAUCGAAAAGGCACUACGAAAAAACAGUAAUAUGAUUGGACAGUAUCAUUUGAGCAGACUUCAAGUAGUAAGGCUUAUUGAUCAGUGUGAACACGGCAAUCUCCAGUGCGUCGAAAGUUGUAAAUAUGACUAUUCCAAAGGUAUAUUCAUGUGUACCUGCAGUCCAGAAAAGAUGCUGGAUCAGGAUGGUAAAUCUUGUGUCGAUAACGACUUGAGUAAUGUCGAAAUGGACGAUAUAAUACCGCAAUCCAGCACAGAGUCAAUUCAUGAUUUUGUUCAAGGUAGAAGCAGAGAUCCAAAUACGGCAGAAUUCGAAAUCAGACAUUCCAAUACGUGGGAAAAUCCGGAUCUCAAAACGGGAUUAGCAGGUACGGAAACAUCCACGUUGGAAUCUAGAAUAGAACACGAUCAUCAACUUGAUCAAAAAUCGAUAAUAUAUCAAUCCGAAUCUACACCGACAACAAAACGCAUUUUCGAAAAUGAUUAUUUCAAUUGGAGUCACGAACAUUCGCAUCAUUCGAUGGAUACCAUCUUUGAAGAGCCUGCUGUUGAGCCAAAAUCUACAGCUGAACCAGAACCUAUAGCUGAACCAGAGUCUGCAGCUGAACCAGAGCCUGCAGCUGAACCAGAGCCUACAGCUGAAUCAGAGCCUGCAGCUGAACCAGAGCCUACAGCUGAAUCAAAGCCUGCAGCUGAACCAGAGCCUUCAGCUGAAGCAGAGCCGACAGCUCAACCAGAGCCUUCAGCUGAACCAGAGCCUUCAGCUGAACCAGAGCCUUCAGCUGAAGCAGAGCCGACAGCUCAACCAGAACCUACAGCUGAACCAAAGCCUACAGUUGAACUCACUGCCGAGCCAGAGCCUGCUACUGAAGCAGAACCUACUGUUAAAUUAAUUGUUCCGCCAGAAUUUAAGCCUACAGAGCCUGUAUCAGAAUCGAUAUCAGAAUUUUCUACAAAACCAGAAAUUGUUCCUAAAAUCGAAUCUGUUACAGAAUCUAUCACUGAAAAAGAAACUACUACGGAACCAGUAUCUAUCAUAGAAUCAACAGCAACUACUAUCGAUGAAGCAGAUGAUGUAACAUCGAAAACAGAAUUACAUUAUCUAAUGUCGACAGAAUCACAUUUGGAAUCAAAUACCGAAAUAUCUAAUCAAUCGGGAUCUAUUAUUAAAUCAGUUUUAGAUGAUGCGAAUACAACUGACAUAUCUAAAUCUUUUACAGAUUUAUUACGUGAAAAUAAUAAUUCCAAAAUUGAUGAAUCUUCGAUUACAACUAUAAAGACUAGUGAAAAUCCGAUAGAUGAUGAUAUAUAUAAAGUAAUACCUUUAACAUUAACAAAACUUAACAACAAUAAAUCUAUAGAUACAAACGAUAAUGUGGAAAUUAAAACGGAAUUAACGACAAUGCAGUCUUAUACCAACAAAGACGAUAAAAUUAAUGAAAGUACGACCAUUGAAGCAAGUUUUACUACUUUAAGUUAUGAAGAUUUAAAACAGGAUAGUGAUAUUAUAUCAAACCAGUCUCGAAAUGAAAAUUCAAAUACAGAACAAUUUACGCAAAAUCCUGGUCUUCAGGAAGAAAAAGAAAAUGAGUCUACUACAGAAAUAAAUCUUAAUGUAAAUUUGAGCGAUGGCUCUACUAUUAUUAAAGAAUUCGAUUCAACUACUAUGUCAAUUAUAUCAAUAGAGAACAGAACAGAAUCAAUAAUGAGGACCACGCUCAAUGAUAAAUAUUUUCAUACAAUAGAAAUAAAUGAUGUAGGUAAUAGAAAUCAAGAAAUGUAUAAUAAUUCUAAGGUACACGAGACGACGAUGAUACCAGAAACUACCUCUACUGACAUGUCCACUCAAUCGAUAUCUAAUUAUUCAAAAGGACACGUACCCGAAAUUACAUUACAAUCUAAUACGCAGGAUUCGAAUGAGAAAAAUGUCAUUGAACAUAUGCCGACAACAAUCUUUCCUAAAGUACCGAAAAAUUUUGUCCACAAUGUCGAGCCACUGAAAGAACCCAUCGCGAAGCCACCAAAGGACGAGUACAUCAUGCUGAUAUCGAAAUCCGAGCAACCUGUAGAAAUACACGCGAUAAUUCCACAACUCACCCCGGAACAAAGUGUACAAUUCACACCGAACGAAUCUUUGAAAACGGAAAACUCGACAGAAAUAAAUAAUGGAGUCGUGAUUAACGAAGAAUUGAACGCGAAAAAACCUGAAGAAGAUAUAUUUUCCAUCGACUCAUCUACAGUACGUAACGAUAAAAAUAUCGUUUAUACAAAUAAUAAUGAAUACAUUCAUUCUGAUGAGGUUCAACAUUCAACGAAUCACCCUCUUCAUCCGGAGAUACUACCAGAAAACUCUGUAAAUUUCGCAGGAAAAUCUGACGUAAAUGAUGAUCGACACGUUGAAGAUAUGUCACCCUUUUUACCGGAUAUCCAUAAGGAGAAAGAAAAUGCAAGAAAAGCACCGCGAUUGGAUAAAGAUGAACAGGACGUUCCUAAUCCUUUCGAAACUCAUAUCGAUGACGUUAUAACACAUCGGCCAUUAAUACAUAUUAAUGCGGAUGACAUAAAGCGUAAAUUGAAUGAAACUGAAACUAAAGAUUUAUUAAAUGAUGUUAAUUUGCAUUCGGUGAACAAUGAAGAAAAAUUAGAUAUUACAGAAGAAACUGUAAAAACCAUUAAUACAACAGAUGACGUUAAAAAUAUUAUUAAGAAUGAUUUAAAUAUGAGCGAGAUUAUAAAUAAUACAAAUAUACUACAUCAAGAUAAUAAUUUUUCAAAAUCAGAUAAAAAUGAACAGGACAUUUCUAGUCCUGAUAUCGAUGAUGUAACAAAAAAUGCUACAAAUCAGAAACAAAGCAAUUUUUCCAUUAUGGAAGAGAAUGACAAUAAAACAUUGAAAGUGAUACCAUUGAGGAUAGAAGAUAAAGUAGUAGAUUCAAUUCUUCAAACUGCAAUGCAAUCCGCAGAUAACAAAACGUCAGAAUCUGCUAAAGUUAAUACCAUUACCGAGAAGAAAGUAAAAGAUCUUUCCUUGAUAGAAAGUGGUACUACCAGCUUAGAAAAACCGGAAGAGAAUGCUGUAGAAGACCAAUACAACGACAUUACGGAUGAAAGUUUGUCAAAGGGAUAUCGACACGAUAAUAUCGAUAAGGACAUUCCAAUUAAAGUUAUGGAGGAAUCCAAGGAAGCGAUUUUGAAUAACGUUGAUGAUUCUAUAAAAACUUCUUACAAUCGCGUCCCUUUAUUAAUUACACCUGGCAACGUAAAAGAAAGAAAUGAGACGAUAACACAAAGUUUAUUAAAUACAACAAUUAAAGGCGCCUCGGAAAGACAGAUCGAAGAUGCCAGAUUGACCACUCAAGAACCUGUGUUACCUAUAGAAAUCCAACAGGAAAUGUCGACAACAAUAGCGACCGAUAAAACUGAGAUUACUACUGUGCUCGAUAAUGAUAAACGAGAGGAAAAUAAUACGGAACAACCGAACACUGAUCGACCUGAUGAAAAAGAAGUUGAUAAAAUAACGCAAAUUACGACCACUCAAUCCACGCUGGAGACAAAGACCACAGCUCAAAUCCCGAUCUUGCCCGAGGAACUACAAACGACAGAGAAUGACAUAUUAACGACAACAUCGAUAAGCGAAGAGAAGGAAAUGAAUCAAGAAGUUAUUGAUAAAACGAAGUCGCAAAUUUCCACAGAGAAUGUCAAGGAUGAAACGAAAAAAAAUAUAACUGAUGAGAAAGAGAAUGUUACCAGUGUCGAAACGGACAUAGACAUAAACAAUACAUCGUCGGAAAAAAGCAUGACAGCGACUACGAUGUACGAGAAUAAUAUAACUGUAGGAUCCGACCGGGAAAUUGAUGAUGAAAAUAUUAAUGAUCCGAACAGAACGAUGGAGAAUUCGACGGAAAACGUGAAGAUUGAGACUACUCUUAUAUUUACGACUGAAAAGAGUGUUAUAAGUAGCACAGACAGAACUUCAUCCGAUGUCACCACCACGGAAGACGUCAGGCCGGUUACGGAAAUGUUAGAUGACACGCAGCCUGAAACAGAGUUUAAUUACAGAAUGUUAUUCAUCACGACCCCGAAAUCGAUAUCUAUCGAUCCAGAACUCUCUGAAGAGUCACUUAAAGUGAUACCGUUGGAAAAGAGUCAAGAAAGCAAGAAAAAAGUAAUCGACAAAAAGGGAUUCGACAAGUACAAGUAUAAAAAAGAAAAAGAUCUGAGCUUGGAGGAACAAAGUGAGAAUAAUGCUUUGACGGAAAAAUCGAGUUCGACGAUUCUUUCUCAAACGGAUUCGUCGAAAAUAAUUACCAAAAAUUACGGUCAAUCGAAUGAUAGUAUAGCGAGCUCCGACUUGGAUCCAAGCGUACUCCGAUUUGGCGUAUUUGAGAAAGAAGAUAACGAGAGCAAGAAGGUUUCGCCGAUAUUAUUGAAGGAUUCGGGAAACGUUGACGAAGGUAGCGACAUCGAAGAUAAGGGAGUAAUCACGAAACCUAAGAAUUAUCCCAGCUUCAUACCAGUGUCGGAAGAGAUAAUAGAGUCGAUACCGGUCACAGAGCCAUACAUAGUAAUGCGAAAUUAUACUCGUCCUACGAUCGUGCCGAGCAGUUUCGAAACAGAAGAGAGCACAGCGAUGAACGAGACGGCAAUCGAAGGUCGUACAAACGACCCAGAAACGGAUCUCUCUCGCACCCACUUGAGACCUGAUGAAACGACUGGAGAACCUGUCACUUUUUUCUCGGAUCAAUUAUUCGGCGACGCCGAGGAAAUAGAUCGCGUUACGAAAGAGCCGUCCACGAUCCGGUUGAUCGUUGGUCCAACCACGCCAUUCGACAUGGAUGUUGAGAACACGACUAUCAUAGCUAGCACCAGCUUCUCGGGAUCCAUGCCUACUACGAUUCUUUCGAAAUGCAUCACGAGCCAAUUUCAAUGCGCCAAUGGCACGUCUAGAAAUGGUGCAUACUGUAUUCCAUUAUCCGCCAAAUGCGACUCCAAGAAUGACUGUUCCGAUGGCUCGGACGAAUUAAAUUGCGAAGAUUGCUCGGGUAACUUCCGCUGCGGCAGCGGAGAAUGCCUGAAGAAACACUUUGUAUGCAACAACAUCGUGGACUGCGACGAUGGUAGCGAUGAGCGCGAUUGUGAAAAUUCGAAAUGCCAAUCUGAUGAAUUCAGGUGUUCAAACGGGAAAUGCAUUCCGGCAUCAUGGGUAUGUGACGGUCGAUCCCACUGCGAAGAUCAUCGCGAUGAAUACAAUUGCACCGAAAACUGCCAAGAUAAUCAAUAUUUAUGUCCAACGGAGAAAUUGUGCAUUCCACAAACGUGGCGUUGCAACGGAAUUGACGACUGUAAAGGCGGGGAAGACGAGAAGCUGUGCGAUUGCGAUCCAGAUCAAUUCAAAUGUCAAACUGGUGGAUGCGUUUCCUCGAGCGAAAUAUGCGACGGAGUUAAAAAUUGUCCAGAUUAUUCGGACGAAUGGGGUUGUCUAAUUAAUAUCACUACGGAAACGAAUAUUAAUAUCGAAAAUAUGGCGAAUGAAACGAGCGAUGGCGUGUCAUUAUUGAAGAUAAGACAAUAUGACAACGAUUAUCGACUAGUCUGCUCGGAUGGAUGGAGCGAAAAAUUUAGCGAUUCCUAUUGUCAGACUUUGGGAUUCGCCGCAGCCGAGACGACUAAGAUCGUUCCACUGUCUGCAGAAAAAGAUCGGAGCGAGACAAUUCUAAGACUGAAAUCGAAUCCAAAUCACCGUCUACCACUAGUCACGAAUCUAGAGCAAGUAGAAUUUUGUGUGUCGGGUAAAGUGCUGCAAGUAUCGUGCCAAGAGUUUUCGUGCGGUUUACAUCAUGCUGAAGAACCGACCGCGAGAUUAGCUGGUGGAACGCCAACCAGCGAUGGACAAUGGUCCAGCGUAGCUUUAUUAAAGGAGUUGAAACAUGGAACCACUUGUACAGCCAGCAUACUCGGUCCCAUGCAUGCCCUGGCCAGUUAUUCUUGUAUUUACAGGCACAAGGAUAGCAAUGAAUGGCAAUUUUUCGCUGGCGGAGAUAUGAAGGGGCAAUCCGUUAAAAAUAUCGUGCCCUAUCCUCAAGUAAAAUAUAAUCAGUUCCUGUAUGAUAAUGAUAUUGCCCUGAUCGAAUUAGAGGAACCGUUAACGUUUUCCAGAAACAUUAGCGCCGUAUGUCUUCCCAGACAAUCUAUUCAGCCGGGACAGAUUUGCGUAACAGCAGGAUGGGGAUUUUCUAUGAACGGGGAAGUAAAUUUACAACAAUAUCUCAAAUUCUUGCCAACAUAUGACUCUGAUAAAUGUAAUGCCACGAUUCAUUAUCCAGGAUUUAUCACGAAACACAAUAUAUGCACAGGACUGACUGAUAAGGAUAAAGGCCCUUGCGACAAUGAUGAAGGAGCGCCACUAAUGUGUGCCAGUGAAUCACAGGGUAUAUCGGAAAGAUGGGAGAUACAGGGCUUAUUAAGUUAUCAUAGCAAAUGUUCGAGGGAUCAUCCAGCCAUUUACUCGAGCUUAGAGCCAGCGCUCUCGUGGUUACGCGAAUCAGUGCCAGCUUUGCAAACGCAGAGUUAAAUGAUUAUUAUGUCAAUUUCUCAAGACAUAUGAGAAACUGAUAUUCAACGAUAAUUGUACACUAAAUGAGAACUGCAAUUUUAAUAAGCAAGAAAUAGUUGUCAUUACAAAAAAAAAAGAAGGGAAUGUAUUAUAGAACAAAAAUUUGGGCUAGACUUACUUUAUGCUCAAAAGUUAUACAUAUUUAAUUUUUACAUACAUAUUAAUUAAAUUCGUAUUCUUUUUUCUUUCAAUUUUCAUGUUCCUAUUUUUUUAAUAGUUUUCAAAUUUCUUUCCCAUAUAAAUUUAUCCUAUAUAAAUAGUGUAUUAUUUUACGGAAAAUAAGCACUUAAAUUCUGUAGGACACAAAUGAUAACAAAACAUAAUUAAAGAAAAUGUAGGAUAACAAAAUUAUAAACUGAUUUAUAAUUAAGAAAAUAUUAUGUAAAUAUUGUAUAAAGUAACUGUUUAUUAUGGAUAAUGUGGUAUAAGAGUUUAUUAAUGAAAUGGGUCUCUUAAAAUUCACACUUUUAUGAGUAAAAUUCCUAUCUAUUACUAUAUGUACAUGAAAUUAACUAUUACCUAAUCAAGCUAAAAAUUUAAAAAUUUUUGUGAUAUUUUCAAAAUGUGCUUUUUUAUAUCGUUUUAAAAUAAUUAUAAAUAGUAUUUAACACAAGAGACACCAAUACUUAUAUGAUACAUAUUCGAUUAUAUACGAAUCAAUAGUUUGUCUCAGAGAUCCUAAAUAAGGAUUCCUGAAAUGAACAGAAUUAAAAAAUGGAUAGAAUUAAGCAGUAAAUAGGAUAACUGUAUAUAAUAUAUAAC